AUGGACGAAAACGUGCGGAGUGGGCGGGUGCGGUGGCGUAGGAUGCAGAAGGAGGAACGGCUUGAGGACGGCAGACGACUGCUGCUUCUCUCGCAUUACCGACCUCUGCUCGGUCACAGGGUGUGCCCCGUGCAAAAUGGACGACGACGCUGGUCCCACGCCGACGCCUUCGCCGACGCCGUCACCGACGCCUUCGCCAACGCCUUCACCAACGCCAUCGCCGACGCUUUCGCCAACGCUAUCGCCGACACCUUCGCCUACGCUUUCGCCUACGCCUUCACCAACACCAUUUCCAACGCCUUCGCCGACACGUCCGCCGACACCUUCACCGACUCCAUCACCGACGCUUUCACCAACGCCUUCGCCAACACCUUCGCCUACACAGUCGCCCAUGCCCCUUAUCCAAGAAGAACAACAAGGAGCUUGCUGCGAAAGCGGAUCAAAACACUUUCGCGUGGCAGUGGACAACCUAACUCAAGACGAGGUGCCGGAAUGAUGAAUACCGUCGUUUCCCGCGAAGACGAGCCUGCCUGGGAAUUCGCAAGCCAGAUCAGCCCACCGACCGACGACUUCAUCACCAAGCGCUGCGUCAUCAUCGGCACCCUCAACGUACACGGGACAAGCACCAACUGA